UGAAAAUCGGUUUUGAAAAGGGACACAUGUGACGAUUGCUCGAACAUUUUCUCAUUCCUUAGAAGAAGGUGUUUAUAGUUUGUCCCAACCUUCUGUAAAUAACAGCUAGACUUUUUGAUUUUACUUCUGAGUAGAGCAUAUUUAAGACAUUUUCAGAAUGGAAGGACACGGUAAUCUUCCGCCACAAUUGUCAGCUGAAGCUGAGCAAUUGAUUCUUGCAGUGGACGUUGCUCUGUCCCCAAUAGCCACAGCUGAUGCCAGAAAUCAAGCAUACAAUCUUUGCGAGAGAUUUAAAGAAGAAUCUCCACUAUGUGCAGCUGUUGGUGUGCAACUUGCCGGAUCUACAAAAAAUCCAACUGUGAGACAUUUUGGUUUGCAGCUUGUUGAGCACUGCAUCAAAUUUAGGUGGAAAGAUAUGCAUCCCCAGGAGAAACUAUCGAUUAAAAACGCUGUGUGGAAUCUGAUGGGAAGUGGCACUGACAUGAAUGAUCCUACUUACAUCAAAGACGGGAUAGCAAGAUUGGUGGUAGAAAUGGUAAAACGAGAGUGGCCUCAACAGUGGCCCACCUUUCUUCAAGAGCUGACAGACUUGGCUCAAGUUGGAAAAGAAUACCAAAUAGAGUUGGUCCUUCUUGUACUUCUUCGCCUAGCAGAAGAUGUGGCCGUUUUUCAGUCGGUAGAUGCCGUUCGACGCAGAGAUCUUCAACAGGGACUGACGGCUAACAUGUCGGAUAUGUUUGAGUUUCUUUCCCGACUGUUGCGAGCUCAAGUCACAGCCUACCACGAUUUCAAGUUAUCUGGAGCCCCCGCAGCACAAUUUCAUUGUCGACUGGCUCUAUCCGUUAUUGCCGUUUAUCAAGCUCAUGUCGAAUGGGUUUCCAUUAAUCACAUCAUGGCACAUGACGGACAAUUGUUGGUCUUGCUCUGCACUUUGCUUUCCGAAGAAAAGUUCCGUUUGUCGGCAGCUGAAUGUCUCCUCCAGAUUGUCAGUCGAAAAGGUCCUGCUAAAGAGAGAACUCCUUUACUGAUUCUUUUCAGUCACGGAGCUAUAGCGUCAAUGUUGGAGGCAGCUGAGUUGGCUUCAUCACAGCCUUUGACAGAAGCCAAUUACAAUUUCCUGAAGCGACUAACUGAAGUUUUGGUCGGAAUGGGAACUCAGUUAUGCGGACUGUACGGCAAGGAACCCGAUGUGACCAAACCGGAAACGUUUGCCAUGUAUCUCCAAGCUGUCCUGGCUCUGACGCGUCAUCCCAGUUUGAGCAUCAACCAAACAACUGCUUCCUUGUGGGUCGCUCUCUUCAAACACGAACGCUUGAAUCCUCAGCCUGAAUUACUGGCCGUUAUUGAGCCCUGGAUUGGAGUUGUAGCUCGCAAGUUUGUCAAAACGCCCGCGUGUGCCUACGAUGGAAUGGAUUUUGACUCGGAUGAAGAGUUUACUUCAUUUCAUCAACGUCUACGUGCCGAUCUUGUCGAGGCCGUCCGCCUUGCCACUGUUUUGGCACCUUCUGUGACCUUCUGCUACGCCCAGCAAUGGCUGCUCAGUCAACUAGACAACCCCAAUUCAGUUCUCUCUGAAUGGGAAGCAUUAUCCUUGUUUCUGGAUGCAGUGGCCUGUAAGGCUAAAGAGGCGCCAUCCGGCCCGCAACUACUGGAACGCUGCCUAGUCUAUCAAUCCACCGAUCCUGCUAUUCUAUCGGAGCUGUUGUCCUGCAUCUCAGCCCUUUUUGUUUACGUUCACCACGACCCCCAACGGCUGCUCCAACCUGUUCUUGACCGCAUCUUUUCUUCGGUUCUCUUCAGCGGCCCUGGCCAGUCCAAGGAUAACCGUACCAAGAUUGUCCGCAACGUUCGACGACACGCCUGUUCUCUGAUGGUCAAAAUCAGUAUGCAACAUCCCGGGCUUCUCGCCCAGCAAUUCGACUAUGUCAAAUCGAGUGUCGAGCGCCUCAGCAAGACCCAGGACGACUCUCAACUGAGCCGGAUGGAAGUGGUUACCUUGCAGGAAGCUCUACUCAUCAUCUCGAACCAAUUCACCAACUUCCAGAUGCAGUGCGACUUGAUUGGCGAAGUUAUUAGACCGGCAGUUGAGCAGUGGACUGCCAUGAGUCCGGCUUUUAAUUCCGCCCAAGAAUUCAUGUCUUUUAUCGGACUAGACCGACCACCAGUGGAGCCCUCAGCUGAAGAUGUUCAUGGACGCAAUCGAUCGGAGCUAUUAGCCAGCGCCUCAGUGUUUUGGGCUGUUCUCAAGCGUUGCAAAACAUCGACCGAUCCAUUGAAGGGUCAUCCCGCUGCCCAGCACCUGGCGCCUCUUCUGUUCCACACUUUCCGACUGGCCAGAGUUCUCCAUCAACUUUGGGAACCGGAAGCGCAAAAGCUUCUUUCUCCCGGUUUCGCCAAAGCUUAUGAUUUGCUUGAAAGCGAAAUAGUUAGCAUCUUGGCUCAAGGAGGAAUGUCUCAGUCGGGCAUGCCGGCCUGCAUUUCGCAGCUGAACGGUAACGUUCAGAAACAGCAGACACCGUUGGAGCGGGUGCAGAGCUUCCUCGUCCAGAUCCACAACAACGUCUUCAUCAUGCUAGGAUCGUUUGGAGAGACCCUAGGCGAACAGUUUUAUGCAACUCCGGGAUUAGCUGUCGCUGUGGCCGGCACUACCUGCGGCCAGGGAAUGGAAUACAUUCCGGACUGUAGAUUGCGCACGGUUGUCAAAGUCUUUUGUCGACCGUUCAUCAACUCCUGUCCAGCCCAACUGUACCAGCCAGUCUUACUGCCGUUCUUAGCUUAUUUUUUGCCGGCCAUGUUACAGCGCCUGUCCGGCCGCUGGCAGCAAACGAUGCAGCAACAACGCGACGAGAACCAGGCAAACUUGCAAGAAAUUCUUUGUGACGUGGUUGUCCGCCUGGCCACUCGAGACUACAUUGAAUUACUCAGAUCCGUCACUUUGUCCAUUUCCAGUCAGUUUCCAGGAGAAGAAAAUGAAGAAAUGAUGGAUGCCGAGGUUCCUUCGUCAGGUGGUCAAAUGGUGGCCAGCGUCAGCGAGUUGGGCAAGAUGGUUUUAGCUGAACCGAGUUUGUGCGGUCAUUUACUGCAGUUUCUUUUGAGCUCCUUGUGGUGGCCCGAUUCGGGCAAUUCACUCAAAGCGACCAACAUUCUGGAAUCGAUUGUCAAAUACUGGGCUGGCCUUAUACCCAGGAAUUCGUCGCUUUUCCCUAAUAGCGAAGUGGCCUCCCUGUGUCUGUCUCAUCUACUCAACGGAAUCCAGCUGCUCGGGCAACACGACUCGAAUCUCAGCUCCUUGAUCCAUCUGGGAGUCUUAAUGUACGACACUUUCUUGCCCAUUUAUCCUGCCGUCAUGUCGGAAUUGAUGAUGCGCAAUGCUGGAUGCAGUCGAGAGGACGCUGAUCAGUACCAGGACAAAGCUGCUUCAUUGGCCGCUGCCGGUGGACAAAAAAUCAACCAGAAGAUGGAACGAUCCAAACGGGAACUUUUCCGUAAAAUGACUAGCCAGAUUGUCGGACAGCAUUUGGCCGAUUUAUUCCGCAAGCCGGUGCAACUACCCAACCUUCCGAAAAUGGGUUCACUAAAACCUCAACCUAAACGAGAUACGGUGGAUUUAGCAGAUGUUGGACUCGCUGAUUUGUUUAUCCAGGAAUGAAAUACAAAAAGGUUUGGGGACUGAUGAUAA